AUGAGUGCCAUCGAGCUGGUGUGCUCGGGGCGCACGACGAAGGCCACGUGCGAGGGCUUUGGCAACGGCGAGGAGUGCAGCUGGUCGGGCUCGCAGGCAACCAACUCGACGGCCGGCUCCUGCAGCGCCUCGCCGCUCAACUUCUUUUGCAAGCGCUCGGCCGGGUACGAGAUCUUCCGGUCGACCGAGGUGUGCGGGUUCGAGCCCAGCAGCCAGACGGCGGUGUGCAACAAGCCCGGCUGCACGCUCAAGACGAUCGACUUCGGCGCGGCGUUUGGCGACAGCUCGGGCAGCUCGGGCAACUCGGGCUUCAGGCAGGAGGUGUGCGUCAGCGACGGGUUCGAGGCCGAGAUGUUCGCGAGCUUCAUCGCUUUGGGCCUGGGCGGCCUCACGGGGAACCAGCCCACGGCCGCGGAGAUCGACCGGCUGCUGGCGGACAUCCUGGGGACGUGCCAGAUCGCGCUGCUGAUGCGGCGCCUGGGCGCCUCGGCGGUCGGCGUGCAGCCCGGGGCCGGCGACGUGUGCGCGAGCAUCGGCACCGAGACGGCGUGCAACGCCAACCCGUCCUGCGCCUACUUCCAGCCGGCGUCGUCGUGCCUGAGCGAGAACGAGGCCGCCUUCAUCCGGCAGAACUUCGACAACUUCGUGCUGAACGCGUACGCCACGCUCAGCAAGCAGUGCAGCGUCGCGGGCGCCGCGGGGACGUGCACCGCCGAGACGCUGGCGUUCUCGGCGGACUUUGUGUCGGCGCGGGAGGACGGCAACGUGGUGACGAUGAACGACGACGGGAACGUGGGCAGCGCCGUCGCGACGGGCUUCGACGCCAGCGUGCGCAUGACGUUCCAGAAGGUGCUGUCGGCCGCGGAGCAGGCGGCGGUGGAGGCGGACGUGCGGCGGCGCAUGCACCCGUCCUGCGUCAACAACGGCACCGCGGUGGCGGUGUGCAGCGUGCAGGCCGCGCUCACGCCGGCCAGCUCGCGCCGCGGGCUGCUGUCGGGGCGGUGGGGCAGGGGGGUGUUGCAGGGGACCGUCGGGUACGACCUGGCAGUGUCUGGCCGGUUCAAGAACUCGCAGGAGGCGCAGGACAGCGCGACGGUGUUCAACAACGCCGUCUCCAACAACGAGCUGGAGCAGUGGGCCACGGCGGUGACGGGCACGCAGGCGGCCCUGCAGACGAAGACCACGGCCUCCGUCACCACGGUGGGGGGCGGCUCCGUGGGAAGCGGGGCCUCGGCGGCGCUCGCGGGGGUCGUCGCGGUGGCGUCCAUGCUCGCGCUGAUGCUGCUGGCGUGA